UUAACUAUUCAAAUUAGGUGAACACAAUAUUCGCGAAUGCGACGUUCUGAGUGCAGCUUUAUACCCGAGCGUUUUCCGAGAUUACAUGAGAUUCAAAGACGAGUUUGGACCAAUGGAGCCACUACCAACACGACUGUAUCUGACCGGCCCUGAGAUUGGCGAGCAGUUUCAGGUUGAGAUUGAGAAAGGCAAGAUCUUGAAUAUAACGAUACUCGCUAUUGGAGAGCUACUACCUGAUGGACAACGAGAGGUGUUUUGUGAAAUGAAUGGGCAGUUGAGAGCAGUGUUUAUUACUGACAAAACUGGUGUAGAGGUAUGGUUAUUACGUAAAAACGCGCAAGUUGUUACAGAUCUGAAAACAACUUGUAACAAGGCUGUUGUCAAGCCGAUAUCAGGAUGCGUUCGCACUGCUUGUUCCCAGUUGUUGAGACAAGACUGCAACAAAUUGUUAUCAACUUGUUACAAUUAAGGUUGAUCACGGUAACAGACUUGCUACAAGUUGUUCCAACAAGACUAAUACAGGCUGUUCAUAACAAGUUGCUGCGAACUUGUUGUCCUGAACUUGUUAACAACGUUACGUGCAAUCGAUAUCAGACUUGUUGCAACAACUUGUUGCGAGUCUGUUGGCCUUAUCAACCUUUUUACAAGAUGAUAACAACUUGUUCCAGACUUGUUAGCAACUGCGAACAAGCAUAUCGCGUGCAUAUCUAGAGUAAUAUCUUCAGUCAUUCUAACUAUAAACAUCCUCUGUUUAGCAAGUCGCAACGAGACCAAAAGCCAACCGUGACGAUAAAGGCUCCGUGGGGGCACCUAUGCCUGGAGAAGUGGUGGCAGUUAGGGUGAAAGAGGGACAACAGGUAGAAAAGGGGGAUCCUCUCGUCGUGCUCAGUGCGAUGAAAAUGGAGACAAACGUGACGUCACCUGUGAAAGGAGUGGUCGCUAACAUUACUGUUAGCAAUGGGGAGACGAUACAGGCCGGAGAUUUAUUGGUCGAAGUUACUGAAAAUUAAAUUAAUUUCUGCGGGGAAGAAAAACCGCUGGAAUUAUAGCCUAUUAUAGAAAGUAAAAUGCACAGUGUGCGUUCUUUAACGAAAUACAUGUAUAUAAUGAUUCAUCAAUAUAAUGUAUUCAUGAAUAUAAAGUACAUGUUGCGACAUGAAUAUAAUCAAUGUAUUCAUAACUAUAGUGUAUUCAUGAAUAUUAUGGAACAUAUUGUAUACA